AGAAAUCGCAAUGUCUGAAAGAGUGAGUUUGUCUUUCACAGUUAGCUUAGCUGUAAACUUGCUUUCAUCUCAACCAUCUCAACAAAAUUAAAUUAUUUAGGGAGGCCGUGGCCAAUAUAAUAACAGAGGCGAUCGUGGUGGACGUGGCGGUGGACGCGGUGGUAAUCGAGGUGGAAGAGGAGGUUAUCACCAUAAUUAUAGUAACCAACAACAACAGGAAAAACCCAAGAAAGAAUCCAUUUUGGAUCUGAGCAAGUAUAUGGAGAAGAAAGUUCGAGUUCGUUUCAAUGGUGGUCGGGAAGUCGUCGGCACAUUGAUGGGCUAUGAUCCUUUGUUGAAUUUAGUAUUGGAUCAUUCUGUCGAAUACGUGAGAGACUUAGAAACUGGUUACAUAACAGACAAGACAAGAGAAUUGGGUCUAUCCGUACUACGGGGUACUGCAGUCAUAUUGAUUUCACCAUUGGAUGGUAUGGAAGAAAUUGAAAACCCUUUUGCUCAAUAAUCACAACCGUUCGGGGAUACAUCCUGUCGAUAGCAGACAACUGUCACUCUGAAUGUUGUUAAAACAAAGUGCAAGUUUAUAUAUGCUCUAUGUCCAAUCUAAAGAGGCAGAAUCACAGUUUGUAUAUUAUCAAAAUGAUAUAUCUGCAGUAGCUCAACCUCACUGUUUAUGUUGGAACUCAUACAGAUUAAUAAAGAAAACGCACCCACUAAUGUUGAAAGGGUCAGCAAACAAGCAAUAUUAAGAGCAUUGUUUGUAUA